GUGUGUUUUUGUUGGGUGGGUUAUAUUACUUUUGCUCAUUUGUGUUACGGUAGCAUAAGGCAGUGAACGGGCGUUUUGGAUGGUACAUACGGACGGACACAGUAACGCGUUCACUCUGGAGUUCAAUCAAAUACACGAAGGUGGAGCCAUGUACAUAUCAUGUGGGAGUACGGAUAGCACUCCCAUGGAGCCGGAAACGGGCUAUGUGCCGAACAAUCCCCUCUUCGGGAUGCCCCUCGACAGUCCACAGGAAUGCCCAUCGUCCUGCGGUGGUAGUGGCUGUUCCAGCUGUCAGGAGAACGCAGCAUCAUUGCCCCUUGCGGGACUGCACGGAUCGGAUUUCAGCGACUGCGGAAACUGUCUCGACCACAGCGGUGUACUGAGCUCACAAAGCAAUCUUGGCAGUUACUGGAGCGAGGAUAUGAGCACAUUCCCUGGUCUGCCUCCAUUGGACAUCGAUCCGCUACCGAGUUUGUUUCCCUUUUCUCCCUGCGGUGCUUCCUACAAUAGACCUGAGCGACCGACGCACGACGUUGCGGAUGUGCUGCUGUCACUGAAACACGCCGUCCUCAAGCAGAGUCCGGAUCCGCCACCCAUCGGCCAGGGACAGAACUUUGCUACCCCGCAGGCGUCCCUCUCGUAUACGGUUCACCCACAAAUGCUACUCUCACCCGCCGGUCACCAUGGACACGGAUCGCAUGCGCACUACAACCAGAUGCAGUCGCAAACGGGUGGUCCGUACGGUACCAACUACUAUGACUCGUCCUGCGCACAACACACGGCUCCACCGAUGUAUCCCAGCAUGAGCGUCAACGUUAGCAUGAACAUGACGAUGCACGGCUACGGUACGGAAGCAUCCGUCCCCAUGCAAUGCUCCCAGAUGCAGUGGGGAGCCCAGAAUGCCGCUUCGUCCGUCAAUGUGCUCUAUCCGCCUCUGCUCAGCCCUGUUCCUUAUCCUCCCGGGACGACCUACUCCUUCACGGCCGACUUUCGACCGCAAAGUCAACCACCGGCACCACCUCCCUCCAGCGGCUCUAUAUCCCCUCCACCCGUCCACGACUCGUCCCGUAGCUCGUCCACGUUGACGCCCCAAAAACAACCUCUCCCGCAAGCACAGCAACAUCUACAACAACAGCAUCAACAGCAGCAGCAGCAGCAGCAGCAACAGCAACAGCAACAACAGCAACAACAACAUUUUCAACAACAGCAGCUUCAACAGCAACAGUAUUAUCAACAUGCACACCAUGCCGCCCAUCAUCAUACUUCGCAGCACCAUCAUCAUCACCAUCACCAUCAUCAUUCGCAGUCGGUUUCGGCAGCCGUGUCACCCAACGACUGCACACCACCAAAGAGCACGACUCCACCCGACUUUACCACCGCCGUUGAUCAGUCCACGCCACCGACGACAACAUCAGCAGCCGCAGUUGCUGCCGCAGCGGCAGCAUCCGUGGGGUUUGCGGCCGCUCUGAAGAUGAAGGCCGAAAGUCGUUCGCUCGGGCUUGGAUUUGUGGACACCGUUGAUCAGCGAACUCCGGCAGGUGGGGAUGAGGAGGAAGAGGAGGAUGGUAGCGGUAGUGGUAGUGAUGGGGCACCGGGUGGUGACAACAAACCGAACCUCUGCCGACUGUGCGGGAAGACGUACGCACGACCGAGCACGCUGAAGACGCACCUACGGACACACUCGGGCGAACGACCGUACCGAUGUCCGGACUGUAACAAGAGCUUCUCGCAGGCGGCCAACCUGACCGCACACGUUCGCACGCACACGGGCCAGAAACCGUUCCGGUGUCCCAUUUGUGAUAGGCGCUUCUCGCAAAGCUCCAGUGUUACGACGCACAUGCGAACGCACUCUGGCGAACGGCCAUACCGGUGCCGGGCGUGCAAGAAGGCGUUCUCCGACAGUUCCACACUGACGAAGCAUCUGCGGAUACACAGCGGCGAAAAACCGUACCAGUGCAAGCUUUGUCUCUUAAGAUUUUCACAGUCCGGCAAUCUGAAUCGCCACAUGCGUGUUCAUGGAAACAAUGGACAAGCGCUGAUUGCUUGACACCAAAAAUCGUCGCAGCUAUCAUCCACCUCGUCCGUCGGUCAUAGCAGCAUUCUGGCGCAACAUGCUUUACCGCCACACUAUCAUCGCCAUUCCUACCAAACGUACCAGCAUCAUCAAUACCAGCAGCAGCAUCAGCAGCAACAUCACCACGCCCAGCAACAGCAUCUGGCCGAGUCCGUUUCAUCCGGCCAUCACCUUGCCGCCCAUUCAGCCGCAGCCACCGCGGCAGCAGCUCAGUACUUUUACAACCAAAAUGCAACCAACUUUCAUCACCAUCACAACCAUCACUAUAACCGUGCUUGUACUUCGGUUGCUUCGAUAUCCGCUUCCAACAACGCUAGCUCGGCGGUAUCGAGUGCUGCCAGCCAGAGCAACACCAGCACUACGGCUACCACCACUCAUCAUCACCAUCCAUUUAAAUCGCUUCCAACGGCAACGCAACUGUCCUAUUUCGAGGAAUAUCAUCACUUUCAGCAACAGCAGCAACGCUCCAAGUACGAGGAUAAUUUGGCAUUGUUUGGAAGGACCAAUUUUGUAAACAUUUUUU